UGUCCAUCAAUGCUACCUGUCAGUGAUCAUCAGUGCCACCUGCCAGUGCCCAUCAGUGCCCCAUCAAUGCCACCUAUCAGUGCCAGUCAGUGCCACCUAUCAAUGCCAGUCAGUGCCCCCUAUCAGUUCUGCCAAUCAGUGCCACCUAUCAGUGCCAGUCAGUGCCGCCUAUCAGUGCCCAUCAGUGCUGUCUAUCAGUGCCGCCUAACAGUGCCAGUCAGCGCUGCCUAACAGUGCCAAUUAGUGCCGCCUAUCAGUGCCAGUCAGUGCCACCCUAUCAGUGUCAUAUAUGAGUGCUGUCUUUCAGUGUCCAUCAGUGAUGCCUGUAAAUGCCCAUCAGUGCCACCUACCAGUGCCUCCUCAUCAGUGCUCAUCAGUGCCACCUAUCAGUGCCCAUCAGUGCAGCCUAUCAG